AUGACCCGCUUUCUCGGCCUGAAGGGCAACAGCCUCAAUGUCGUGGCUAUUCUUGGGGUGUUGAUGCCGGCCAUCCUGAGCGUUGGGUUCAAUGCAGCAUCGCUCGGCGGCGUGCUGUCUCUGCCUAGCUUCGAGAAACAAUUUCCACAAAUCGACGUGGUCGAUGCGCCUAAUCCGAAAUAUGCAUCGACGAUCCAGGGUACCGUGGUGGCCGUGUACACGAUUGGUGGCUUUUUGGGAACCUUUUCCUGCAUUUGGCUAGGGGAUCGACUGGGCCGCCGACGAGUGAUCAUGACAGGAUCGGUGAUCCAGAUUAUUGGGGCUAUACUCAAUGCCAGCGCCUAUUCUUUGGCCCAGCUGAUCGCAUGUCGGAUGAUCAUCGGGAUUGGCACCGGUGCAUUUUUGGCGACAGUUCCUCUAUGGCAAUCAGAGAUCUCGCCGGCUCGCAAGCGUGGCUCUCAUGUUGCCACAAAGGGCGUCUUUAGCGGUACCGGAUCGGCCACGGCGCUGUUUCUUGACUAUGGACUCUCUUUCACCACAGGCAGUCUGGCCUGGCGUCUUCCAUCUGCGUUUCCGAUCUUGCUAUCGAGCACUGUAUUGGGGUUCAUCAUAAUUCUCCCUGAGUCGCCUCGCUGGCUGAUUCAAGUCGGCAGAAUUUCGGAGGCUCGGGAGAUUAUGGCCGCCCUUGAGGAUACUUCGGUCACCGAUGGGAAGAUUGAGGCAAGUGUCGAAGAGGUGCAGGCGUCUCUCGACCUGGCCGAGGGAAAGAAGUCUCUCCGGCAGCUGCUUCAUAUGGGCCCUCAGAGGACUUUUCAUCGGGCUCUAUUGGGAAUUACCGUGAUGACGCUGCUUCAACUGACAGGAGCUACUGUCACCACGUUUUAUACCACUACAAUUUUUGAAAAUAACCUUGGCCUCAAUGAAUCGACCUCAAGGCUUCUCGCAGCCAUAUACCAACUAGUUGGUCCCGUGGGUGGUGCGGUGUGUGUCGUCAGCAUUGAAGGACUGGGUCGACGAAAAUUACUCAUGGGCAGCGCGGCCGGAAAUGCGUUGUGCCUGACCUUAGUCGCGGUUCUGGGCUCUCAAGCCAACAACCUAAUGGCAGCGCACGGCGCAGUGUUCUUUAUAUUUCUCUUUCACUUCACUUAUAUCAUCGGCUUUGGCGGCAUACCAUACCUCUAUGUCACUGAGAUCGCUCCCUUGCAUCUACGAACGACUAUCAACAGCUUCAGCAUCAGUGUUUCAUGGGCACUCAGUAUCCUUGUCGCCAAUGUCACGCCCAUUGCCUUCAAUACCAUGGGACAGAAGUUCUUCUUGAUCUUCGCUUGCUUUAAUACCAUGAUUGUCCCGGCAGUAUACUAUCUUUUUCCUGAGACAUCUGGACGAAGCCUUGAGGAGAUCGAUGAAAUAUUUUAUCUUUCAAAGGGUAUCCUGGAUCCUGUUCCGGUUGCCAGAAAACUCCCUCAUAGGGCACCAGAUGAGUUCUUACCCGAGAAAAUACUGGUUGAUGACCUGAAAAGUCCGGAGACCCCAGUAUAA